CUCCAGUUCCCCAAUGUUAUUUUUGUGAAUUGGUGCCCAAAAUUGAAUUGCAUAUUUCAGAUGAGCAGCCAGCAGAUCCGAGCAGGGGUGGACUGACAACUCAUGCGGCCCCCAGGCAAUAGGGGAUCAUGGGGCCCCCUGUGUCCUUGCCCAAACUAAAAAAAGCCUAUGAAAAAGGUACCAGGGGCAUCUCAUGGGGCCCCCUACUGACCCCGGGCCCUCGGGCAGUGCCCGAGUUUCCAAAUGGUCAGUCCGCCCCUGGAUCCGAGUAAUCA